UGCGCGUUCACGCUGCUCCCGUUGACCAGCCCAGAUCUUAGCGAGCGCGCUCCCGCGCCGCCGGAGAAAAGAAUGCAGUUGUCCUUUCGCGCAGAAAGACAACACAAGAAACGCCGAAUCUGUGGACCAAACACACUCUUUACACUCUCAUUGUGCUGACGAGAUAAGGAUAUUUUCGCGAGAAGAGGAAAGACAGGCGUCGAAAAAAGGAGGAGAAGAAGACAGCGGUCGAGAGAGUGGGGAGGUCCAGUGCACCUACAUGCUGGAAAUUUGAGAUGUCGUUGUCAGACUACAGUUGGUUCCUGUAGUCAGCAUCUUCAUGGAGGUGUUUUCGGUCCACUGACUGAGAAGAACUGCUCUCAGCAGACAUGUCUGCCUGCAGCACAUUCACGGAGCAUGUGUGGAAACCAGGCGAGUGCAAGAACUGCUUCAAGCCAAAGAGUCUGCACUCCCUAGCACUGAGCGGCAGGGAGAAGCUCCGGUCCGAACAGAGACUUCCAACGACGCAGCAGCAGAUUCCGCCCCAUGCCAGGACCAAGACCAACUUUUACCUUGCCAGCGGGAGUUCCAGCUCCGGACAGUUCCGUCCACCGGUGGCAAAGAAACCUACUAUUGCCGUGAAGCCCACUAUGAUGCUUCCGUGCUCUUUGUCGGGGUUGGGUCCAACAAAUGUCUUAGAACCUGGUAAAACCUCUGUCCCAAUGGUCUGGAAUCAGAGUGGAGUAAACCGUAAGAGGACCUACAGUCCAAGCAAUAACAAUGAGCGAGACAAUACCAAUGAGAUUGAAAGUUACGAGCAGCUUAGACCAAGGACCCCGAGUGGAAAUAACAAUAGCGGACUGACUGAUGUCUUAAAAGAGAUUGUGGGGUUAGCCCCUGGUCCUAGCCUAUCUCCUGUCUCAAAAGACUUGUUUUGGGGACGAAUCAGUAGCUCAUACCGCAAGUCGCUAGAAAGAGGCCUCGCAGCUCCAAGUUGUUUGGCUAUGGGAAGUUGCACUAGUGGUGGUGGUACCAGUCAAAAAAGGGUAUCCCUCAGCGAUAGCACAGAGAUUAUUAGCACAGAGGGUGGACGAUUCUGCUACCCUGAAUUUUCGAGUGAGGAGGAAGAUGACGAAGAUGACGAAGAAGAAGAUGAGUACGAAAGAGACAAUGAACAUGAGAGCUGGGACGAAAGUGAUGAAGAGUUACUUGCUAUGGAGAUCCGCAUGAGAGGUCAGCCACGAUUUGCGAAUUUCCGAGCUGCCACAUUGUCCCCAGUGCCCUUUGCUGCAGGCAAAAAGUGGAACACUGUUCCACUACGCAAUCGUUCUUUACAACGGAUUUGUGCGGUGGAUUAUGAUGAUAGCUAUGAUGAAAUUUUGAAUGGGUACCCAUCCAUGAACUCCACUGGAGUUAUUCUGACUUAUGGGGUUCAAGACAGUCAAGGCAGUGGUUUUCUUACCAAUUCAGAGUCUACAGUUUCUCCAGGGUCCUCAUCAUCUUUACCCGAGGACUCUCAGACUGCAUCUAGCAGUGACAGCAGUAUCUCUGGUGUUCAUCGAAAUGGAUUGCAAUCCCCUACACCAUUAAAAUCCCAUGUUCCUUUUACUUCUCCAGCAAAAAAAGAGCCACCUCUCAAAGCGCAGAGUCCUGUGAAGGUUACAGAGACUCAUAAGGCUGUUCUGGCUAUCAGAUUAGAUGACAAGGAUCAGUCAGCAUUGAUGCCGCAAGCCCUUCCAGGUCAACCAGUGACUAUUAGUUUCAGUCCCACAGAAGAACAAGCUAAACCGUACCGUGUGGUCAAUUUAGAAAAGUCACUUAUUUGUAAACCUUACACUGUUGUAGAUGUUUCAGCUUCCAUGACCAAGAAAGAUGGAUAUCUAAAGGACUCCGCCCUGAAGCACAAAAACAAAUCAGUGCCCUCCAGCCCAAUAUCUCCAAUGUCUCCAAUGUCCCCCAGUAUUUUAACUUCUCCUGGGUUGCCAGCCUCUGUUGUCCACUCAAAUGGGUCCAGAAAAAAAAUUGGGAGCAUGUGUUACCAAGAAGUAUGGACAUCAAGCACGAGCCCUCGCCAAAAGAUCCCCAAAGUUGAUUUGGAAAAUGGGAGCACCGCUGUUCAGUCUAUAGCUUCUCAAUACUUCAGCCACAAAUCAGCUCCGACAUCUCCAGUUGCUGGGCUAUCUUCUUCCCGAACGGUACCCGUAAAAUCUCCCAAUUUAUCUGAGAUUAAGUUCAACAGUUUCAAUAAUGCAGGCAUGCCUCCUUUUCCCAUUAUCAUACGAGAUGAGCCAGCAUAUGCUCGCAGCUCUAAAAAUGCUGUAAAGGUACCAAUAGUUAUCAAUCCAAGUGCUUAUGACAACUUAGCCGUGUACAAGAGCUUCCUGGGUGUCAGUGGGGAGCUGACACAGUCAAAGGGGGUUGGCAGUCGGGCUACCAGCCAUACCUACGAAGAAAUUGGAUCCUCCGAGAGUUUCCAGUCUACCUCGACGGAAAAAUCCCUUUUUGGCAAAAGCACAUUUGAGAGAGCAUCUUUGGAAGAUUCAAAAUGUUCACUCCCAGCAGGAAUUAAAGCACCCAAUCUAGAACCCAGAACCACUACAGAUUCGCUUACUGUGACUCACACUGUGGUGACCCCUCCGGGUAGGGCUCUCUCACCCACUGUAUCGGCUGAACUCACACCUAAAAGUAGCUGUGCUGUGAUUACACACAGUUGCAGUAAAAAUAAUGAUUUAGGGCAAUCUUCUGGUGUAGUUGUAAACCAUCAAGUGGAGGCCAGUGCCGUUCUCUCACAGAUAGUGGCCUCUAUCCAGCCUCCCGAGUCUCCUCCAGACACAACUUCGGUUCAUGACAAAUCUUCCAGUUCCGAGGAGCUUUAUGCCCUUCCACCUGAUGCCAUGAAAGAGACCCCCACAAGACCCAAGUCUCUAUUCUCUACUAAUGACGCAAUAGUUGCCAAGCCUAUUAAAGACACGCUCUCAAAAGUGAUGUCUAAAUCUCAGAGCGCGUCUGCUGCCCUCCCACUUUGCACCAGCAGGUUACAGCAAAACCCUCCUUUCCCCCCACCCAGGUCCACAUCAUCCCCCUAUCAUGCUUCAAACAUCCUCCAAAGACAUUUCAGCAACUGGACAAAGAGCUCUGCCUCUAGUUCUCCUGUGCGUCCCAGUGAAGGUGAAACAAGUUUAAACGGGGAUGGGAAGCGUAAUCCACCAGAGAGCUCGAAACCCAAACGGUGGAUUUCCUUUAAGAGCUUUUUCCGUCGACGAAAAGAUGAGGACGAGCAAAGAGAGAAGUCAGAGAAAGAAAAAGAAAAAGGAAAGUUGGUUGGGCUCGACGGAACCGUCAUUCAUAUUCUUCCACCGCCCCCGAUUCAGCAGCAACAUUGGUUCUCAGAGGCCAAAUCUGAGGAUCCCACACAGAAACCAACCAUCGUGUUUACCUAUAAAAAGGAAAGUGGUGGUGUGGCAGAUGGAGAAGGAGAACCACAAGUAGAAGAAUGCAAGGAGACUGCAUUGCUGUCACCCAACGAUGGUCAGGAGGACAAAGCAUUGAGCCUUGGUCAAGCAGCAGCAUCAGACUUCACUGGAGUCGCUGGCGUCAACUCCAAAAGCCAGGUACCUGGCAGCGCCAACAAUGCCAGGAAUGGGGAACUUCCCGUUCCCACCCCUCUCCCCACCAGAGUCAAUCUGGGGUUGGUGUUCGGGGAGGGCGAAGAAAACAACCGCGCCAACCAGGAUGCCUCGACCAGCGAACGCAGCGCCAGCCUUGGGGAGCCGGAGGAUGACGAGAAUCAGUCGCAUCGCUCGCACUCGCCCACCUCCAGUCAGUGCAGCGCCACGUACAGUAACCUGGGUCAAUCAAGAGCCAACAUGAUUCCGCUAAAACAGCCCCGGAGCAUGAAAGCAUCAAACGACACCCUUGCUUCUAUCGACCUGGAAGCCUUCACAGACCGACCGUUCCCCAAGGCCACCCCUCCACCCCUGCCGAAAAAGGCAGUACCCCGCUCCAGCACAGAGCCCAGCCUGGACAGCAAAGAGCUCCUGCAGGGCGCCUUUAGGCCUCGGGUGGAGGCCAAACCUGGCGGCACCAACCUAAGCGUCGCCAACCCUCUCUAUGACCUGGACGCCACCUGGGAGACGGCCAGUCAGAGCUCCUCGCUUAGCUCUGAGCCACAGCGGCCUCACGACCAGGAGAUCGGUGACUCCCUGGAGCUUCCGUCGGCAUCCAUCGCCCAGGCCCCCCCCACUAACAGCGUGUCCUCGUUGGUCACACCAGCUGCUGCCACCAGGGAGAAGAAAGUCUAUCCAAGCACAGAGUCUCUUGCUGGACGUAGUCGCAAAACGAGUCAAAGCACGGCCCCAUCCAAGCACCAGAGGUCCGCGCUGUACCGGGGCUUGGACAGCUGGGAUGAGGUGGUGGGCAGGAUCCGUGGUCUUCACACGGACACCUUGAGGAAGCUGGCGUCCAAGUGCGAGGAUCGUUUCAUGGCCGGCCAGAAAGACCACUUGAGGUUCGGGACUGACAGCUGGUCCCACUUCAAGCUGACCACGGGGAAACCUUGUUGUGAGGCCGGAGACGCCGUCUACUACACUGCUUCAUUCGCAAGGGACCCGUUGGUCAAUUACGCCAUCAAGAUCUGCCGGAGCAAAAUGAAAGAGACUCAGCAGCAGUUAUUCCACAGUCUAGCUGUAAGGCAGAGCCUGCCAUUGCACUUCAACAUCCAGCAGGACUGUGGACACUUCCUUGCCGAUGUCCCCACCCGCCUGCUGCCCUGGGAGGAGGAGAUUGAAGAAGUAGAAGGUGAGAAGGUGAAUGGAGAAGUUCAAACAGAGUCUCCAAAUAAUGAAUCGGCCGCCGUCGUUACGAGUGGCACCGCGCGCUUAAAGAGCAGAGUGGUGGUCAUCACACGCGAGGUGCCUUUCCAGACGGUGGCCGACUUUGUCCACCAAGGCGCUUCACAGCACGCCCAAAACCCAGAACUGUACGAGCGCCAGGUGUGCCUACUGCUGCUCCAACUGUGUUCGGGUCUGGAGCACAUGAAGCCUUAUCAUGUGACCCACUGUGACCUUCGCUUAGAGAACCUCCUGCUGGUUCACUGCCAGCCCAGCCACAACCCCCUGGAGCCCAACAACAACGGCAGCAACUCCACUGGCGCUGCGCACGUCACCUGCUGCGCCCGCCUCAUCAUAAGCAACUUUUCCCAAGCCAAGCAGAAAAGCCCCCUAAUGGCUGUCGACCCCAGAGUCCUGAGGGACCAGUCGCGGCUGGCGCCCGAGAUGAUCACGGCCACCCAGUUUCGCAAGUGCGACGAGUUCCAGACGGGGAUUCUCAUCUACGAGAUGCUACACAGGCAGAACCCCUUUGAGGAGACGCCAGAGCUAAAGGAGCGAGAGUACACCUGGGCAGACCUGCCCCCCUUACCGGUGCGAUCGCUAUACUCUCGUGGCCUGCAGCAUCUGGCCCGCUUACUGCUCACUGUCAACCCCUCUGAAAGGAUCCGUAUGUCAGACGCCCGGGCCUGCCUGCAGUGCCUGCUCUGGGGGCCCCGGGAAGACUUGUUUCAAGCUCUGGGCUGUAGCAGCUCGGGGCCCGUGACGGCGGCCACCUCCAGCCAGCGCCAGUCCACCCUCCAGAACUGGAUAGACUUGAAACGCACGCUGAUGAUGAUCAAGUUCGCCGAGCGCUCCAUGGACUUGGCGUGCGGCGUAAUCUUGGAGGACUGGCUUUGCUGCCAGUACUUGGCUUUUGCCUCCAUCGAGAGCCUGACUCGGGUGGUGCACAUCCUCCAGCAGCCACAACCGCAUCACCACACCAAUAACCAGUCGGUUCCUUCCGGGCACAACCAGACACACCUGUCGCACACCUUCCACAGAACUCAGUCAUAACCACUCUUGAGUUCUUCUGCCGUGUUGUUGCUGUGGCAACAGUUUCCUGCCUGAGCGCAGUCCCUGUGCACAUGUUAUUGUUGGUGGGAGCUACCAGCACCUUGUAACCCUUUUAGAUGUGUUUCUGGGUUAGCAGACACUUUUUAAAAAAGGUCACUUUUGAAACUUUGAACUGUCUAGAGUUCUGAUAGGGUUCGGUGCCAAAGUAUUUGGACAGCAACUCAAAAGAUUUGAACUAAAACAAUACAAAUGUGAUUGUACUUUCAGUUAUGACGGAAAAGGUGUGCCAAAAAUAUGUCCAAGACCUUUAAGGAAAGAAAUAUUGAUUGUUUAAUUGCACUCCUGUGCCUAACUGUAUGUGUACACCUGACCAGCAGGUGGCGCUAGUGUGGCCGUACAGUCAACCACCUAAGGUGAAAUUCAUUUUUCAUCAGAGAUUUUAUUGUUACAUUAUUUUUGAAGAUAGUGUGGAUGGGUUAAAAACACCUGAUAGUCUAAGAAUAAUAUAUUUUUGACCCAAAUAUUUAAAUUUCCACAGGAAACAAAUGAAGGGAGAUUAUUUUUAAAUGAAGGGAAUUGGUAGUUGAGAAAUAUAAAUACUCCACAUUCAAUCUAAGUUGCUCCUCAUAAAUGUAUGAAGACAUCCUAUAUCUAAAGUACCGUAUUGACCCGGAUAUAAGACAACCCCUCUUUUUAACUUUGCUUUUUUUGGGAAAAGACUACAACUACAAAAUGUAUACAUAUAUACAUACAUAUACAUAUAUAAAUGUUUUCUAUGUCUGUUAAAAAGGAUGAAUACGUAACUUGUAACGAUCCAUGAGACAUUUUUCCCCCCGUGUGUCUCUGUUUGCAUCUCCAAUCUGUGUUUGUGAGUGACAGGAAGGAAAGCUUGUACUCACUUGACUUGGCGCCAUUUGUAUUAAGUUCAAGCUCCUGGAUUUUUAUAUUUAGGUCAAUAAGGUAUUAUGUAUAAAUGUUUUUUAAAAAUAA